ACUUGGGUGCACAUUUGAUAAAUAGCUUGACAAUGGAAGCCAACACAUACUUACUUCGUAUAAUCAUUUGACCUUUCUUUGUAUUUUUCCAUGUCCAUUUACGGUCCCCUCUACGCGAGUAAUAUGUAGAUCAUUGUGUCCUCUGGCCUCCUGGUCCGGUCAGAAGAACACGUGUAUGAAGCGCAUGUGCCCCAUUUACGCUGAAAGUUAAUUUCCGCCUCAAAUGGCUGAGCCUGUCCAUCACACACCCAGCGAUAGAGAUGUUCAGAUCGUCCGGUAUCUUUUCCAAACUUUACUUCCAUUAGAGCUCGUCGAUGUCAUUAUUGAGGACGCUGAAUACUGGCCUUGUAUCCAUGUUGAACGAUCCGAGCCAAUAUUGGUCGACGCCAAAAGAUCUAUUAGUCGGGGGCUCAAAAUGGCUUGGUGUUACCUUGUUUCAUCACCUGUACCCGAAGCUUUGGAUUCCGCAGGACAGAGUUUGGGACAAAGUAGAGUACGAAGAGUGGAUCUAAAGGUGCAAGGCCAUGAUCAAGGCUGGGCAACCCAUCCAGGGCCAUGGUCCUGGUUUGAAGCCACCAUUAUCAAGGCGUUCCGCGAGUCCAAUUUAGUUUGGCUGCCCGCAGCGUUGAACGGUCCUGUUGAUCCAGCGAGUGUCUUGGCUGGAUCAAGCUUCGAUCAGACAUUUGAAGGCUUCACUCGCUGGCACAUCGCUGCCAAUGCGAUUGCUACUCAAGUUAAACAGGAUCAUUCAGUCGUAUGGACUGAACAGGAGGCCCAAACUCCUGGGAAUGUCAAAGGUUUGAGAGGGCGUGAAAGUCUUGGACAUGAGCUGGUCAGAGCCCUACAGCCAGGUGAUAGGAUUGCAAUUUUGGCAUUAGCAGAGCAAUGGGGAUGGGAGAAUCACGUCUAUAACGCCUCUAUCGAUAUUUAUUAUUCUGUAUAGUCAUGAACGUUCAGUGUCAGCGCUGUGUAUGAAUGGUCUCUACACUACUUACGAAUGCAUGAUUAUCCAUUCGGAAUUGAUUCGGAAUCUUACAGUAACUGUUGUACUUAAGAUCUGCCAGUGUCAUCUACUCAUAGCUACUCAUAUACCCCACACAGCUACCUGUUUCCCCUACUCACCCUCACCACACAUUCAAAUGCCUCGGUCUGUUCGCCACACACCCAGCGAAGGAGAUGUCCGAAUCGUCCGGCAUCUCCUCCGAACUUUUCUUCCGCUAGAGCUCGUAGAUGUUAUUAUUGCGGAUGCUGAAUACUGGCUUUGUAUUCACGUUGAACGUUCUAAACAAAUACGGGUGGACGCAAGGAUAGCUCUUGGUCAGGGAUUCAAAUUGGCUUGGUGUUAUCUUGUUUCGCCACCGAUACCGGAAACUUUAAGUUCUGUAGGACAGGGCUUGGGACAGAGGAGA